AUGUCAACGGUGAAAAAGUCCGAUGAUUGGGCUUUAGUUAAUGGUCAACAGUUUUUAUUGGCUGAUAAUAAAUCAACAACUGGUGAAAGAAUUGUAUUGUUUGCAACAAAUGACAGCUUAAAAAUGUUGACAGAGGCCAAAACGUGGUAUUGCGAUGGUAAUUUUAACCUUAGUCCUAAAUAUUUUUUACAACUUUAUGUUAUAAGAGUUCAAAAAAAUGAUUCAUAUAUAACUGCAGUAUACUGUCUUCUUGAACGCAAGACAAUGUCUAUUUAUGAAGAAAUGUUCAAACUUAUUUUAAAUAAAUGUGAAGAGCACGAAUUAUUUCCCGAUCCAACCCACUUAAAUGUUGAUUUUGAAAAAGCUCUAAUUUCUGCCGCUCAAACGAUUUUUGAUUCAAAUUUGACUAUAAGAGGCUGUUUUUAUCAUUUGUGCCAAAGUUCUUACCGAAAAGUUCAAGAUUUAGGGUUAAUCAAAAUGUAUAAAAAUAACGACGAAUUUAGUCAUUUUUGUGGAAUGUUGGACGGCCUUGCAUUUCUUCCUCUUGAACAUGUUUUCGAAGGAAUGGCUUACCUUAAAACAAUUGUUUCUCCUGAAGGAGAAGAUCUUUUAAAUUAUUUUGACGCAACCUACGUAAAUGGACCACUUAGAAAAGUAGGGGCUGGUACCAAAUUCAAAUUUAAAAAAAUAAGUCCACUUUUUCCACCGAAUACUUGGAAUGUACAUAAAACAACGAUGAAUGGUGACCACCGAACGAAUAAUAUAUGCGAAUCGUGGAAUAACAGAUUUAGUCAUUUAGUUGGCCACAGUCAUCCGACUAUUUGGACACUUAUCCGAAAAAUGAGAUUGGAAGUAGCGGCAGAUAAAGCGAAAUUAGCUAUCGACAGCAUGGGAGAGCCAGUAAAAAAAAAAAAAAAUUCAACACAUAUCCGACUAGUUACUUUAUGCCAAAGAAUAGCUAAUCAUUCAAUUACCAUUGAAGAAUUUUUAGAAAAAGUUGGUCAUAAUAUCAGAACAAGGCCUAGAUAA